CUAGAACCCUAAAGCAAGAGGUUCCAUUUUCGUCGGGUCAAAAACCACCGGAGAGGGACGAUCAAUGGCGGCGAUGCUAAUCGGAAGAGCUUUUAAAUCAGUUAGAGUGGUCCGUGCUCGAUCCUUCUGUACAGCAUCUGCUGCUCGUCAACCCGAUUCCGAUGGUCAAUCAUCGGAAUCAUCAUCUUCGUUCACUUUCGACAAGGAGACCGAGAAACCAAUCCUCGUGAAAGCCCCGAACGCACGACGGAACAACGACUCGGAUUCGGUGACGAUGCCGACGUCUUUCAUGACGGGUUCGAUCGUGGGGAAGAGGUUCUACAAGAAGGUGACGACGAGGGAAGCAGACGAUGGGAAUGGGUGGACUGUGAUGCUCGAUUACAGGACACUUAAGACACCUUCGAAGAGAGCUCUCAAGCUUCCUUCUUUGGCACUUGCUAAGGCCAUUGCUGCUGAGUGGGAGUAUCAGCUAGCAGAAGGAAUCAGACCAUUCACCAUGCCGCUGAUGAAACUAGCAUGUACUGCACUUGAAAGAGUUCCUCUCACACGCCCCAAGAUCAUCGAACAUCUAUUAAGAAAGAUACAUCAAGAUCUUGUGUUUUUCCGAGCACCUGAAGAUAACGAUCUAACUAGUGACGUCCAUGAGGUUCAGGUGGAGAGGAUUGAUCCUCUACUUGAGUGGGUAGAAACAGAGUUUGGGAUCAAACCCAAAGUUUAUUCUAGCAUCUUUGGAGGAAAACAAGAUGAAAAGCUAGUGAAAGCAGUAGAAGCUCUGCUCAAGAAGACUAAUGAUGGUGAACUCGCAAGCAUCGACGCGCUUGAAGCAUCAGCUCACUCUGUAGUAAUUGCUCUCGGCAUCUACUGUGGGAAGUUGCAGAUCGAUGAUGCAAUCAAAUUGAUAAGACUUGAAGAAGAUUUACAGGUGGACAAAUGGGGAUUAGUUGAAGGUGGGCAUGAUAUCGAUAUUGCUGAUCUCAAAGUUCAGAUCUCAGCGGCUACUGUGUUUCUUGCUCUGUCCCGUCAAAACUGAUCAUAUGUCUCUUUUGCUCAGAUACCUUUUACAGUUAUUCCAAAAACAAAGCUUCUCUCUGAGCUUUAUCUGUUUGUACUUUGUAGAAUAGAUGAUUGUAUUGGUAAACGUUGUUUUCCUCUCUAUUCACCAAUAAAGCAUACAUUGUUUAAUCCAA